AUGAGCUUCGGCUGUAGUGCUGGAGACCUUUUUGUCCUCGGAGCGUUGGCCUGGAAGCUCUACAAGAACUGCAAAGAAUCCUCCAUCGAAUUCAAGCGCGUCUCUAGCGAGGUCGCAUCGCUCCACGUUGUCAUAAAGGAAACCGAAGAAUACGUCCAAGAGACCCACGGGCGUAGUCAGUUGCGGUGCGCUCGACUUAAGAUCCUGAUUGACGGAUGUAGGGAUGUUCUCGUGGAGCUUGAGAAAUUAUUGAAUAGCUAUGAGAGUUUGGGGACGCAGCAACAAAGAACUUGGGAUCGUAUGAAAUGGGGUUUGGAAGAAUUGGCGGACGUGAGAUCGAGGAUCAUUUCCAACACUACCCUUCUUACUGCGUUCACUUGCAGUUUGGCCAAAUAUAGUUCUUCAACUACACGAAUCGAGAUGCGACUUAACAAAUUCAUUCAAGAAGUCAGAGCUGGACUCCGUGAAGGCUCUGUAAUAUCAUCGUCGGACGUUGCAGAGAACAUCGACUCUGAAGAUAUAUGGCAUCUACUGGGACGAGAAUUGGAGGACGUGGGAAUAUCUGCUUCGGUCGUGGAGGAGAAUCAUGAGUACAUCAGCAAUUGGCUAAAGACAGCCAUUUCAAAUGGCAUGCUAGAGGAGAUGGAUCACUCAAGACGACCCGAAAUGGAAGGCUCGGUUGACUCUGGGUAUGGAAGCUUUCCUGGCGACACAUCUGACACACGAAGUCUUGGUCCCAUCACUGUUGCCAAUGAGGAGUUCGGAAACCAGUUGUCGCAACAUUCUUCUCGAGUUCGCUUGAAAAAUUCUACGCUCUUGACCAAAACUGACACCAAGGUCACAAAAGCCUCGAGCGUGUCUUCUGUGCUGUUCAGGCUCUUCAAGAAAGAUACAGCGAUCGUUGAGGCUGCCAGCGAUGGAGAUAUCGCUAGAGUUGGUAGUUUGAUCAGCUCAGGUGCGAAUGUGAAUGCUCGGGAACAAUGGGGUUGGUCCGCUUUGAGCAUGUGCGCAUACGGUGGUCACGUUGAAAUCUGCCGUAUGCUGCUAGAUCAUGGCGCCGACUUGGACAAUAUUGAUGUAGACGGAGAUACGCCGGAGAGUCUGGCAGCAAAUAGAGGUCAUGCAGAUGUCCUGAUCAUGCUGGAAGAGGAGAGGGCUACUACACGACCGCACCUACGGACGUUUGCAGCUGUUGUCACCACUUCGAGGAGGAUCGAAUUGACCGGCUCUUCUGUGAUUUCGCAGUCCUCUAAUAGGCCUCCCCGAUACAUACAGUACUUCUCUAUAUUGGCAUCAUUCCUUCGAAGCUCUUCUGGCCAUGCCUCGUCGACCCUCGAACCCGUUCCCCAACAACUCGCCGUCAAUUCCCUGGCCGUCCUUCUCUCACCUCCAGCAGAGAAGGGCGGCGGUCUGUUCAAAUCAGGCUCUGGGAAACCUAGCAGAAUAGCACAAUUCUUCUCUGCUACACCUAAGUCAAAAGCAGAAGCACAAUCUGCUGCGGCAGCAUUGCUUGCAGCGAGCAGGGCGCAGGAGCAGCUAUUCCUCAAUUCAACAACACCUCCAAUUAGCAACCCAUCACUGUCAUUACCGACUAUUUCCCUUUCCACGGCGACGGCGGAUUGCAUCAACAUGGAUGCGCCGCCUACCACACUCUUUCAACCCCCUUCUCCCGGCGAGGCAAGGCGCUUGGCCAAGCAACAUGCACAGUUUGCACCUCUCAACUCCCAGUCUCACCGAUACACAAGUCGGCAUCAGGGAGGCGAGUUCCCUGAACCGAUCAUGGAUGAGCCGCCCUACUAUUACCUCCUCACCACCUAUAUUUCCUACCUCAUCCUCAUCAUAUUCGGGCAUGUUCGCGACUUCUUUGGUAUGCGAUUCAGAGAAGAGAAUUACCGUCACCUCAAAUCAAGAAACGGAUACGCUGCACUCAAUAGUGAUUUUGACAACUUCUACGUGCGGCGACUGAAAAUGCGCAUCAAUGACUGCUUCAAUCGGCCAGUUACGGGUGUCCCAGGCAGAUAUAUCAAUCUACUCGAUCGGACCACGGACGAUGGCAAUUAUCACUUCCAAUUCACGGGGACAACGACCGAGACACUGAAUAUGAGCUCGUACAACUAUCUUGGCUUUGCACAAUCUGAAGGUCCAUGCGCAGAUUCGGUAGAAGAGAAUGUAAAGAGAUAUGGCUUGAGUAUGGCUAGUCCUAGGGGUGACGUGGGCACUUCUGAUAUUGCAGUUGAAUGUGAAAGCUUAGUGGCGGAAUUCGUUGGCAAAGAAUCUGCAAUGGUUUUUUCUAUGGGGUUUGGUACCAACGCGGCUGGUUUUCCCGCACUGGUGGGCAAGGGAGAUUUGAUCAUCUCUGAUGAGCUAAAUCACGCCUCUAUUCGUUUCGGAUCACGCCUGUCGGGCGCCAUGAUUGAGUCCUUUAAACACAACGAUAUGAGAGAUCUGGAAGCGAAGCUGCGCGAUGUCAUCUCGCAAGGUCAGCCACGUACACACAGGCCAUGGAAAAAGAUCUUGGUGGUGGUUGAGGGUCUGUAUUCCAUGGAAGGCACGAUGUGUAAUCUGCCAGGUUUGGUCCGACUCAAGAAGAGGUACAAGUUCAAUCUGUUCGUCGACGAGGCUCACUCAAUCGGUGCCCUGGGACCUAAGGGUAGAGGUGUAUGUGAAUACUUUGGGAUUGACACCAAGGAAGUCGACAUCUUGAUGGGCACUUUGACCAAGUCUUUUGGAGCCAAUGGUGGGUACAUUGCAGCAGACAAGGCCAUCAUUGACAAGCUUCGGGUCACCAAUGCGGGGACCAUCUAUGGAGAAUCACCUUCGCCUGCCGUGCUCUCUCAAAUCAACAGCGCUCUUCGGAUAAUCAGUGGAGAGAUCGUUCCAGGUCAAGGCGAGGAACGAUUGCAAAGACUUGCUUUCAAUUCACGCUAUUUGCGAUUAGGGCUGAAGCGUCUCGGCUUUAUUAUAUAUGGGCAUGACGACUCUCCCAUCAUCCCUCUUCUACUAUACAACCCGGCUAAAAUGCCGGCCUUUUCACACGAGAUGCUCAAAAGAAAGAUAUCGGUUGUUGUGGUGGGCUAUCCAGCUACACCGCUGAUCUCGUCGCGGGCAAGAUUUUGUGUGUCCGCUGCCCACAACAAGGAUGAUCUGGAUCGCUUUCUCUCCGCUUGUGACGAGAUUGGGAACGUACUACAACUCAAGUUCGCCAGCGGCAUUGCAGGUGGGGCGCCGCCGCUAGAGCAUGGAGUGACAUGGGAAAUGGAACAGAGCCGCAGACGUCUGCAAAAGCAUGACAAGUCUGUCAAGGCACUCGUGUCUACGCCCAGGUGGCGUUUUGAAGACGUUGUGAAACGCGGUGUCCAAGAUGUCAAAGUGCCGUUACGGUGA